AUGACUGAAGAAACUAAAUCCGUCGCAACGUCAGAGAAUGUCUCUUCGCCUUCUCUUCUUUCUGGUGAACAGGCUACAGAUCCUCAGGGCCAGUUGACAGCCGCCGUCGAUGACCUUCUUGACCAAUUACAGCAUAAAUUCGACAAUGUCUCGCGCGAGAUGUUUGGAAAGUUGGAUGAAAUGGUGCGAAGACUAGACGAGCUGGAAGCCUCGUUGCAUAAUACCUCUGAUGCUGAUCCUACGAGUCCUGCGAAAUAG